UUGGAUACUAUACUUGCAGUAUGCGAGCUGAUGUUUUCUGUUACUGUUAGCAUUGUAGAUGUUAAUUUUUUCCUAAAACCCAAGAGAGCUUUGAUUGUAGAUGCCAGUUCUGCAGGUUCUGUAGUAAUAGAAUAUGGUACAAAACAACAAAGCCCUCCUUGUACACAGAAACUUCCUAGCAAAAGGUACAGAUUGAAUUCACUGCUGGCUAAUAUGAUUAAAAAAACUCAGAGGCUAAAGCCAGGCUACAAACAGGAAGAAAUAGACUGGACAGUGAAACAAGAGGUGUAGAACAUGUGUGUUUUGAAUGGGAAAACACAGCAAUGUACGAGGGGAGCAUAGACAGAGACUGGAGCUGCCAUGCUUGGACGAUAAGACCUUUUGUGGAGCUGUCAUGCUUGAAGCAUAAGACCAUUACCUGUGUCCUGUUUGUGUUCCCAGACAUUUCAGCCACGGUUUUGGGUCUUCCUGUUUGAUGAAGUCUCUGUGUAUUAAGUUAAGGAAGAUACUUUAAUUUGGAGCACUGCAUCACACGAAAGUGCACAAAACUCAUCAGAACACUUUUCAGUGAAACAAGCCAAAAAAAAAAAAAUAUCCAACAACUUAAGAAGGGAGAAGCCGAAAUUCUGCAAAAGAGGGAAGAGAAUGUUGAAUGCAUUAAACAUGAUAUUGUAGCUACCAUGCAGCAAUGCCUCACAGUAACUUGGAGAUGAAAGAAGAAGUAGAGACCCUGGAAAAGGAGGAUGAAAGCUCUGAAUACCUUAAAAAUGAUGUGAUGGGCACUCAGGUAGCAAUGCUGGAAGAUAAGUCUGGCCUCAGAAAACAGGAAACUAAUCACUUAACAGUUCCAGAAACGUUUGACGAUGUUGCUGUCAUUUUCUCAGCAGAAGAGUGGAAAAUGUUAAGAAAGCAAGAUAAAGAGGUUCACAGAGAAGUGAUGGUACAGAACUAUGAGAGUUUGGUUUCAGUAGGAUAUAAAAUCCCCCUAGAAAAAUUGUUACUGCUGCUUAGAGCAAAUUAUGAUGAGGUACCAAAGCGUGACAUGGAAGAAAAAAAUGCCAUAAAACAGAAGGACAGUCAUGAAGAUAGGUUCAAUGGCAUGAGAAGCACAGAGGGGAGUAUGAGUGGCAGACUAAGGCCAUCAGUUGGGACACCCCAGGUGCAUCACCCUGCAGAAAACAAGCAGCAGUGCUCUGACGAGCUUUACUGUCCUCCAGUAUCACAGCUUUACUCAGAGUAUCAGUGGAGCAAGAUCUCUGAAUGUGAUACAUGUAUGACUGCACAGCAUAGUCCAGCAACACUUCAGAAGUCUUGCACACAGGAGAAACCAUAUAAGUGUCCUGAAUGCAGUAAGUGUUUUGCACACAACAGUCAUCUGAUAUACCACCUGGCAGUACACACGGGGGAGAAACCAUACAAAUGUCCUGAAUGCAGUAAGUGCUUUGCACGAAAGGCUGAUUCAUUAAUGCAUCAGAAGAUGCACACGGGGGAGAAACCAUAUAAAUGUACUGAAUGCAGCAACUGUUUUGUACAUAAGAGCAAUCUAUUAAAACAUCAAAAGACUCAUGCAGGGGCAAAACCAUAUAAAUGCACUGAAUGCAGUAAAUGCUUUGUAUAUAAAAGUUACCUUCUGUACCAUGAAAAGACUCACAUGCAGGACAAACCAUAUAAAUGUGCUGAAUGCAGUAAGUGUUUUUCACAGAACAGUAGCCUCAUGCGCCAUCAAGCGAUUCACACGGGAGCAAAACCCUAUAAAUGUGCUGAAUGCAAUAAGUCUUAUAUAGAAAAGAGUGGUUUCCUCUAUCACCAAAAGACUCACACGGGGGAGAAACCUUAUAAAUGCACUGAAUGUAGUAAGUGUUUUUUACACAGCAGUCACCUCAAAUGCCAUCAAGCCAUUCACACGGGGCUGAAACCAUAUAAGUGCACUGAAUGUAGUAAGUGUUUUGCACAUAAGAGCAAUCUUGUGAAACAUCAAAAGACUCAUACAGGGGUCCGAAUGGAAAGAUAAUAAAAUCGUCAAGAAAAGGGUGGAGAGUAUUAUUGCUAGAACUGAAUUCAUCCUCAAGGCUUGGUGAGUACCUUCAUGUGGUGGACCUUGUUAUCACUAAAUCUCUCCAAGAUGGCACUGAUAUCUAAACUGUAUUUUAUAUAGUAUAUAUCAUGGACAGAGGUAGGCUAAAAAAAAAAACUAGCUGUACAAGUCCCAGGAUAAAAAAGUGCCUGAUCCUGGUCAGCGCACCGGUACCAGGACCAGAAAAAAACAGCGCAGAAUCCUCAAGAAACGGAAAGAUUCCUACAAUGGGAUUAGGCCAGACUCAGGGGAGGGUGCCCCCCCUUGUAGAAGGAAUUAGUAGUACACAAAAAACUGACAAGCAAAAAAGAGCCAUAAAGAUGACAGAGUGGACAAUUGAGGAUAAGGAAGACAUUAAGUGUUGUCACUGUUGUGUAAGAAGCCCAAAAUUUCCAGAUAUAAGAUAUUCAAAAAGAUUAAGAGAAGUUAUAGGAAAGAAAAAUACUUGCACAAUAAAAACUGUCAAACGCUUCAAAUGCAAAUGUGUGUUCAUAAAUAUAACAGAUUCAUGAAAAACAUGAUAUAGGCCAAGAAACGUCAGCCAUUUGUAAGAAGCAUCUGAGAAAGUGCAAAAAUAUAAAGAACAAAACCUUGAGAUUUUUGAAAGGUAUAAAAAAAAAAAGAAAUAUGGACAUGAGAAAGAAAGUGAUCUGAUAUGGUAUAAUAUGUAUGACAAGGAGAAAGCCAAACUAGGCAAUAAAAAAGCUGCUUCAGGGAUAUGUGAACAGAAAUACAGGCAAAGGCACCCAGGUAUGGAAAAUUUCAAAAUACAAAAAAUAAGAUCACAAAGGGGAAUGUUGAACAGAAUAUUGUUAAAGUAGAAAUGAAACAAAUAGAAGCUGAAGUUAUUAAAUACCUGUAAAGUGAAGGAUUUGGUGUAGAAAGUCUAACGCAAGUUAUGUCACAGCAUGAUGGAACUAUGAGUCCCCAAAUUAAGGAGAAACAGGUGGAGCAGGAGACAUGAAAUAUGGACUUGGGAAAGAAAAAUAAAGAGAUUUAAUAUGAUGCAAAGAAGAACGCAAAGCUAAUCGAUACAAAAAAGCAGCACCGAGGAUACCUGAAGAGAAAUGCAGGAAAAGGCAUCUGGAUAUGGAAAAUUUUACAAAACAAAAAAACUGAAAAUAAAACAAUGGGGGAAGCAGAAAAGAGGAUUAGUAAUGGAGACGUUAAAGAAAUAGAAACCAAAGUUCUGGAUUAUCUACAAAGUGAAGUAUUUAGUGCAGAAAAGCCAACCCUGGUAAAGUCACAGCAUGAUGGAACAAUGAGCCCCUAAAUUAAGGAGAAACAGGUGGAACAGGAAGAAUCUGAUCACUCGCCACAUGAAGAUACUCUAGAACUUUCAGCAGGAAGCUACUACAAAAGCUUAAUUGGAGUUGCACAGCAAGGGAAUGGCACGAUAGGCCAGUGAGUUCCCCUAUGAAAGAGCAAUGGAUGACGCAUGAUGCAGCUGAAGAGAAUAUAUCACAGGAAGAUGUUCUGGAAAUUUCUGUAGAAUGUCAGCAGGAAGCAGAGUAAAGAAUAUGCCCUUAGUUUAGAGGAAAAUGAUCUAAGGGAAGAGUUGCUUGAUUAAAGAUAGAUGUAUUAAGAUCGAUUAAAGAAAUAAGAUUACAGAAAGUAAAUAAGAGCCAAAAUGUCAGAAGUUUAAAAAAACAAAUGAACUUUUAAAGUAGUAGGAUGCUGUAGACCAUAGUCAUCUCUGGCCGCUUCUUAGCUUAUUUGAAAUGGGACAUUUUCACCAAACUUAUUCUCCAUCUAAACACAAUGCUGCUUUCUGCACAACUUCAGCCAUUUGGCAUACCAGGUAGUGAUUUGGUGAUAAGCCAUGCUGCCAUAUUUCAGAGGUAAUGUGGGUGCAACUUCUAAAGGAUAGAGAAAGUUCAGCUCUAUCUCCAUUGAAGUUUUUGCUUAUUGUAAACUUAUACUUAGAUGGCAUCCAGUAUUCCCACUACGAUUCAGAGCGUUGGUGCAGUAAUAUAAUUCUUGGCCAUAUCAUGUACUCCAUGCCAGUUAUUUCCAUAUAGUGUUGGACUGUCCCUUUAAUGGAAUUUCAGAGACACUGUGCUUGAUGCUACCUUUUAUGCUAUAACAUGUAGACUAGUUUACUACCACAAGGGUGCAUUACCUUUACCAAAUCUGGUAACACUGAUUCUGCAACAGCAAAUCACAAUGCUGAAAGCAGCUAAUGUCAAAAGUAAACCAUAUUCUGAAAGUCCCUACUGCUCUUCACCCAGAAACAAACGUUAACAUGGCUCCCAGAGGGGGUCAAGUCCAUGAGAUCUGCAUUUUGUGAUUCUCUGCUGUGGAGUCUGUGUUACCAGAUUUGAUAGCGGUAACAUCAGUCUUGUGAUAGUAACCAUGUAGGCAACUCCUUAUUACAGAUAAGAUUCUCCUAAUCCUUGGAAUAUAUUUUGCAGGUACUGUGACAGUAUUGGUAUUGACAUAUAAUUUCUUAUAAUCCUUGGAAUAUAUAUUGCAGAUACUGCAACAGUAUUGAUAUUGACAUAUAAUUCCAUAUUACAGAUAAGAUACUCCUAAUCCUUGGAAUAUAUAUUGCAGCUACUGUAACAGUAUUGGUAUUGACAUAUAAUUUCUUAUAAUCCUUGGAAUAUAUUUUGCAGAUACUGUAACAGUAUUGAUAUUGACAUAUAAUUCCGUAUUACAGAUAAGAUACUCCUAAUCCUUGGAAUAUAUAUUGCAGCUACUGUAACAGUAUUGGUAUUGACAUAUAAUUUCUUAUAAUCCUUGGAAUAUAUUUUGCAGAUACUGUGACAGUAUUGGUAUUGACAUAUAAUUCCUUAUUACAAAUAAGAUACUCCUAAUCAUUAGAAUAUAUAUUGCAGGUACUGUAACAGUAUUGGUAUUGGCAUGUAAUUUCUUAUUACAGAUAAGAUGCUCCUAAUCCUUGGAAUAUAUAUUGCAGAUACUGUAACAGUGCUGAUAUUGACAUGUAAUUCUGUGUUACAGAUAAAAUACUCCUAAUCCUUGGAAUAUGUAUUGCAGAUACUGUAACAGUAUUGGUAUUGACAUUUAAUUUCUUAUUACAUAUAAGAUGUUCCUAAUCCUUGGAAUAUAUAUUGCAGAUACUGUAACAGUAUUAAUAUUGACAUAUAAUUCCGUAUUACAGAUAAGAUACUCCUAAUCCUUGGAAUAUAUAUUGCAGAUACUGUAACAAUAUUGAUAUUGACAUAAUUCCGUAUUACAGAUAAGUUACUCCUAAUCCUUGGAGUAUAUAUUGCAGAUAAUGGAACAGUAUUGGUAUUGACAUAUAAUUCCUUAUUACAGAUAAGAUACUCCUAAUCCUUGGAAUAUAUAUUGCAGAUACUGUAACAGUAUUGAUAUUGACAUAUAAUUCCGUAUUACAGAUAAAAUACUCCUAAUCCUUGGAAUAUAUAUUGCAGAUACUGGAACAGUACUGAUAUUGAUAUUGACAUAUAAUGAACUGUGGCUUCAUCAAGUUAAUACUGCUGUGACUAUACUUUUCAGAUUCUGGAAGAGCACUGUUAAUGAUGUUACUAGAUAUUCAUUGAGUUACAAAGUUAUGUUUAAAAGGUGUUAGAUUCUGGGUUCUAUUCCUACAGUACCAUACAGCUAUGGAGCAUUGUUUUUCUUUUGCAUUCUGCACCUGCUGCUGGGGUAGUAACUGUAUACAGUGACUUUGCUUCUGUUGUGACUGAAAGAUAUAUAGCGUUUACAUUCACUAUCUUAACUUUCCCCAUUGGAAGAUGGGGGGAGAGACAGGGUCUGUCAUUAAAGUUGUCCUGUCCACAAAUUCAGGGACUGCAUCCAAUGUUGACCCAUGGCCAGAUACUGUGUGUUUACAAGAUGGAUCUUCUGUACACUUGUACAUUUUAAGUAUUCCAAACAUGUUUCCCAUCCUUGGGUCGAAAAUGUUGAAAUACUCGCACGUUUUGGAAGAAAUACUUUGAUUCAAAACAUUUUCAUAAACCAAGCAUCAAUGUGUCUGUUGGCUUCAUCUUACUGAUAUUCAUUUCCAUAUAUAAGAAAUCUCACUUCCAAUGUGUUCAGCAUUUUUGGGUGUAUUCACUUUGAUCCAUUAACACCAUGGCCCUACUGUCUCUGUUUUCAUAAUUUUAGCAGCUGAUAUAUUGUUUCAUACAUACCUUUUUUAGUUAAAUUAUAAUAUCGUUAUGUAAGGUUUACUUUUAACUUAGACCUUAUGUCGCUUUCACACAAAAGGUAUAUUAAUCAAGCAAGAACUAUUUAAUCACUGGGGUUUGUAUGCUGGAGGAUACUAUGGAAAGGCUGAUAGAACAGAAACUGUGUUGGUAAGAAACACUGGGAACACACACCACAACGAAUUGCAGAAAAUGAAGUAGUAAUUACACGGGAUCAUUUAAUCGCAGUUGUUAAAGAAAACAAUAAGUGAGAAAGCCAUCUGUUGGAGCUAAAGAAAAAUAACAAAGGUAGGAAUUCUUAGUGGAAUGCCAUUUCUGAUAAUUGUAUUAUUAUGUGCACUGAAAGACAUACAAUUUUAAAAUACUGAGACAUGCAAACAGAAAAUAAAGCAGUUUGGAACAGGACACCCUUGUUAGUUUCAGUAGUCAUGGAAGAAACUGUACAAAUUAAACAAAUCUCCAAACAUAUUCAAAUAUGCUAAUGGUCCAGGUUGCCCAGUACAUACCAGUGAAGGAGACAGCCUUGAGUCCACUGUGACUGCUGAGGGGACCAGUCCUGAGAAACAUCAGAUUUGCCAGUAGCAGUGUUUUCAUUGCCUUUAUCUACUGCUGGACAAAGAAAUGUCCAUUUUGGUCGUUGGAGUUAAAACCCUCUAAAAUAUUUAGAUAAUUUAAACAAGAGGAGAAACAAAGCAAAGAAGUAAAUUUAGCAAGAUGUCCACAAGAAACUGUUGUCUGCAGGAAAUACAAAAAAAAAAAUGUGCAUCUGUCAGUGCUGAAUGAUGGCCUGCAGUUGAGAUGAAUUGCAACUCUAAAGUUUAAAAAUUGAAAAAUGGUGCCAUUAAAAUGAAUGUCUGAUGCAUCGGGGGAAAGUACAGUUAUAAAAACUAUGAGGCAGGAUUCUAAAAACAAAUUGGUUUAUUAUGGAUUCAAAAUGUUACAUUAUACAAUAUUUAUUGGUGGCAAGCAAUGUAUUUUCCAAUGUUGAUUUAGAUUUUUCACAUUCUUCGGUAUGUGUGUUAUUAACUGUGUUACUUAGUGAAGUUGGGCACUGAACAUUGUGUUACAUUUCACAUGAACAGUUUGUUACUAUUCUGUUAACAAUGUAUUUCUAAAAAUGAUUUAUUCUGAGAGAGUAAUACAUUGUUUCCUAAAUACAUACUGACAAACCUUU